GGGGGGUGUGCUGCCCCUUCCUCUUACCUGCACACGCCCUUUGCCAUUCAGACUUAUUUCAGCUCGCGUACAGUGCAGUCAGAAUUUCAGAAUGGCAGGCCCUAGUGAUUUUUAUGGUUGGCAUAGGCACCAGAGAAUGGACCCACGGGCCGUAGGUUUUCGUACUGAACAAGAAGCUAGAGAUUGGGCAAAUCGUUCUCGUGAUUGGAAUGGUCAGCCACGCGACCGUUUUGUUCACUUUGAUUAUCCAGAUAGAGAAAGGUCUCCUCUUCGAAACUAUCGAGAGUGGGCUCCCUCCUUUGACGCUCAACCGCCAUUGUUUAAUAUUCCACCCGUGAUUCCACCACCGGCUUUUGACGUUCCUCCGCGUGAUCAGUUUUUUCACGGAGAACGGUUUUAUCAAAAUGAUGUGGGGGAUCGACCAAGGGGGCGUGCGAAGGAACGGGGGAAUGGCGCCGAGUUUCCGUUAGAUGAUAGGAUCGAAGAAGAAGCCUACGUUCGUUUUAGCAAGCUAAGAGACUUGGAAGAAAGAGAGAAGCGGGAGAGCAGACAGGAGGAAGACGAAGAAGAUGGCGAGUAUCUUGAAGUAGAGGACGAAGAGGAAGAAGAGUUAGACGAGGGGGGUCCAAAGCUAGUGGACCGUCCAUGGCUACCAAAGGAGCGUACUCCCCAAGCCCCUGCCGCCGGAUCUAAGUCGAAAGGGAAGGCUCUAAAACCAACGCGCGCGGCAGCCGCGGCAGCCACGGCAGGCUCAUCCAAAGCAGCCAGUGAAUCAGGGGAAGUGACGGCGUUCAUCCCAACAGCGAUUUCAGACGAGAUUAGGGUUUGGCUAACGACUGGCCUGUCAACCGACGAUUCAAAAGCAAUCUCAAAGAAAUUUGAGCUCGAGUUUGAGGACCCGACUUUCUCGAUUAAACCGCCUAAGCUCGACGGCUUUAUGUUGAGGCAUGCUAAAGACAAAGAUCGAUUGAAAGGGGUUAAUGCUUCGGAGGAAGCGCUUAUACAGACUCAGCUUAAAAUAAUGGACGUUGCCCCACCUCUGUUUGAUUUAUACGCUAAAGUGUGUGCUCUUGGAGAGGGAGAAACGGUGACGCAAGCCAAGAAUACGGUGCGGGCCGUUUUACAACAGUGGGGUAGAGCGUACUACCACAUCACCCAAAGAAGAAGGCGAGCGGUUGUGACAUUGGUGGAACCGACAUAUGACUUCAUAUUGUCAAACCCUGACGCUUUCGCACCGGGAAAGGAGGCAACUGAGCUCCUUUUCACGGACAAAUUCUUAGAGACGAUGCUCAAGGAGGCGUCUCAAGACGCCACACUGGCAAGCUCAUCGGCGGCUCGAGCGAGGGCUAAGGCAGGUGGAAGAAAGGUAGCAGUGAACCCAGGCCCAUCUCAACGGGUGUUGCGCCCAAGGAGAGAAGCAGCGGCCCAAUUUCCCGUUGAAGGGAGGCAGAGUGGUGGGGUCGGAAGAGGACGACCGCCGGGUGCAACUGCUUGGACUCGAGGAGGUGAAAGAAAUCAAACCUUUCGUGGCCGGAAAGCUGGAGGUUAUUCUAGAAGCAAGAAUAACUAGACUGGCGAGAAAGUAAGAAGGCCCCAUUACGUGUUCAAGUUACGGCAGUUGGCAGAGCUGUCCAGAAGAAGAAGCGCACUAUUUUUGCUGCAACCAUUAUGUUCAUGUUUCUGUGUUUCAUGAUAUGUUACCUUGGGAUAGAGUUUUUUUACCCUGAAAUCCUCAGGUUUUUUCUCGUAUCCCCCUCAAACUGUUAUUUGGAAGUUAUGUGUGAAAUUCUCUCUGAUUAUGUUUGAUAACAUGUAAUUGUGUUUGGUUAAAACCCUGUACACGGAUCUGUAGCUAUAAGUCUGAAUGGCAAAGGGCGUGUGCAGGUAAGAGGA